AAUGUGCCCGUGAUUAGUGAUCCGGACCCGGGAUCCUAAUCCUAAUCCUGUAAUCAAGAAAUAUUUGAUGUAAGGUGUAAUUGAAGCGACUUGCUUCAAGGAGGAGUAAUGCUCGUUGCUUCAAGGUCAUGUUAGCUCAAAGAAAUAUAGUGAUUUGAGGAUGGCAUUUGAGCUAUUUCUUAAAAUUAAUUAAAUAAACUUAGGUAUGUAUAUGGUACAAAUACGGUGUUAUUUUAACUUAUAUCAGGUUAGGUACUUUUUGAAUUGACUUCCUUUCUCCUUUGAAGGGUUGGAUAGUCGGGUUUUACAUCGCACGCUUACGUAAUACGUACAGAAAGAUAAACAAAACAUCAUAGGUUAUAAAUGCCUUUAUAAUGUAAUGCGGGUGCGACUGUGACCCUCUUUUUAUGGGGGAAAAAAAAAACACACACACAUCGGUAGCAAUACCGUGUAUCCUUUUCGAAAUAAGAAGAAUGUUAAGUAAUUCGUGCCCAGCUUAUAAGUUACAAUUGACUGGAAGGGAGUUGCAGGACUUGCAGAAACGAUGGAAGUUUUGCCGUACGAAGUGCUGUAUGAAAUUUUCACCUACAUCCCGGUGUGUGAACUAUAUUUCACUCUUGGUAGGGUUUGCACGGUGUGGAAGGAUGUUGUGAUGGACAGGAGGUUGUGGCGAGGGAGACCAUACCGUCCGACCGAGUGUACGACAGAUGAAGAGAUUGUGCAUUUACUGUCCACUGUAACAAUGUUGGAAAUAUUUGAUGCCAGCGAGCACACUAUUGGCCCACAAGUGUUUGGUGCGCUGUCUAUGAGCAGUUGUAACUUGACGGUCAUUUUGUUAUCACCGGAUCAAGCAUUGGAUCAGAGUGAUUUAGAAAAACUUUUAAUGAUCAGGAACUUGCAGAAUUUGAGUCUUCACAUCAGUGAUGAUGAAACAGCAAAAAAUAACUUCAAGAUUUUAGGAGGAUUUCACAGUUUGAAGAAACUCUCAGUGACGGGCGUGUUUUCCUACAGAUGCGGUGUGCUGAUGGCACUUGCGACAGGCUGUAAAUGUCUGCAGGAGCUAAACCUGGGCUGUCUGUCGUGUGACGGUGUCACGUCCGCUAUAGACAUCGCUGCCAUUCUCAAGUUGAAGGGUGCUCAGCUGAUAUCUCUUACUUUCACCUGUUCUCUAUUGUCACAUUUUGUCACUGAUCUGAUUGGACAGUGUGCAGAAUUGCAAGAAUUACACAUGAAUAUCUACCAAUCUUGGGUUUUUGUUGAUUUCUCUCCUCUCCUUGCACUGAAGAACUUAAAAGCAUUUUCUGUCAUUGGAUGUGUAGAUAUAAAUCCUUCUUUAGAUAAUUUGUUUUCUCAGCAACAGUGGAGUAAUCUGGAAUGUUUGAAUAUCUCCGUAAGUGAAGGUAACGUCAUUAACAUAAUGUUUGGUAACUGUCCCAAACUAAGAAUUUUACGAAUAGAGGGAAACCAAGAAGUUAACUUUGUAAUGGAAAAUAUUUAUAAGCUUUCAAAUCUAGAAGAACUAACCUUAGCAUAUUGGACAUCACCCAUUGAUGAGAUGUUAAAAUAUGUUUCUCAAUUGAAAAUAUUGAAAAAUUUAUGUUUUGAAAAUUGUUCUGAAUUACGAGAUGUAGACAUUUUAGAUUUAGUUUUAUGUCACAGCUUGAAAGCUAUCACCUUGGACAAAUGUCGUGGUAUUUUAGGGCGUAACUUUCAUCACAUUGCUGAUGAACUGGAACAUUUGACUAGCUUAACUUUUAUUGAAUGUGAUAAUUUGAGAACCUUUCAUGUGACACAAUUACAGAAGUUAUUUCCAUACUUAAAAAUAAAUUUUGAUGGUAAUAAAGCACAAAUGUUGAAUUAUUGAGUUAUGCAGGACAAAAAUCUGUGAUUUUAUUUUGCAAGUUGUAUCUACUUGAUUAUUAAUAAACUUUGUGGCCAUGCCACUAAAUAAAUUGUAUUUUUUAUUGUACCUGAUCCAUCAUUUUAAUGGAGGAACUAUGGCACUGAGUAAAAACAACCAAACACAUUUAAAAUUUUUUGAAACAGUUUUUAAAUUUGAAUUUGAUGAUGUUUAACAGAGAUGAAAAUGGCAUUACCAUGUACUAAAAUUAUUGCUAACCAAUUAAUUUGUAAAAAAUUCUGUUUCACACUUUUUCUUCCUUUUGAAACUUUUCCAGUCACGCUUUCAGAACAUAAUUUCUCAAUUUGUGCUUGGUUCUCUUCCUAUAGCCAACAGCAACAUCUUUUAAUGAUGUUCCACCUUUGUCUAUUCCUGUUUAGAGCCAGUAGUUUCUCCUCUGUAUAAAUUACAACCUUUUACCUUUUGGAAGCUAUCACUACCGACACUGUACCACACAACUUUGAAUGGACGAAACAAGCGAAACCAGCUAAGACAACUGAGAAAGAUUUAUGAUCUAUAUGCAUUCACUAUUUAUACUGAUAUGUUGUUUACAGGUGUAUGUCUCCUGUGAGACACUGAUCUUUCGUGUACUAAUCUUAUUAGUCAAUGGAUUUAGAGAUGAUUGUUAAUAUUUUUAAUUUGAAUAUUUUAUCUAAGACUGAUGUUGGAUUAUACAGAAUAUUGAAUAAUUGUGACUACUGAAUGUUUGAAUGACAAAAAACUAAUUUUACAAGUCCUGAAUAAGUGGGAACUGUCAAGGCUCAUAAAUUAGGAUUUUGAUUGUUAUAUUGAAGUAGAAAUUGUGAUUACCUUUUAAGGAGUCAUAAAAUUGUGUAAAUAUGUUAUGUUAUAAGUUGCAUUGCACCAUGUGUUGUAAUUUCUUUUUUCAGAAGCAGUGGAAUAUAUUUCCAUUUUUAAUGUAUAUAUCUCAAGAUAAAAAAACUCAUUAAUAAUGACUUCCACAAAUAUAAAUGAUUUACCAAUAGAAGUUAUUUCUUUUGUAUUUUCACACAUAUGUUUUGAAGAACUAGUGGUACAUGUGCGAGAUGUUUGUUAUCGUUGGAGAAUUAUUGUCGACAAUGAUUCUGCUUUGUGGAAAGUUGUCACAUUCACACCUAAAAGUGAAAUGAUUGAAAGUGACUUAAAUUUAUUGUUGAGCAAAGCACAUAUGCUUAGAAAUGUUACAGUAAAAGGUAAUGUCAGCGUAAAACAGAUAGUGAAUGCAUUGGUCAUGUUUGGCCAUAAUAUCAGAAAACUAGAAUUUUCCAGUGCCAUUACUUUAACAUCAGAAAAUUUAAAGGUCAUACUAAACAAACUGAAAAAUUUAGAAUCAAUUGCUUUUGAAUCCAAGUAUAUCGAUAAGGAGUGUAUACAACUGCUGGGUAAUUGUCGUAGUCUCAAGUGUGUGACGCUCAUUGGUGACAUUCUGCGUCUUACGAAUUUACUCGAUGGGUUUGCUAGUGGUGCCUGCAGUUUACAAGAGCUCCACCUGGAAUCAUCGCAAAGCCUCAGUUGCGAAAAUGAUGAUCUAUUGCGGUUGCUGGCUGUGCAGAAAGAUAGUUUAAGGAGCCUCUCAGUUUCGUGUAGGAAGGUAGAUUCGUCGCUACUGGACCACAUACGGCAUUGCUCUCGGCUGAGGAAACUUAGUAUAAAAUGGAGUGAGAUUCAAGAAGCCACAGACAUAACCGGUAUCGUGGCAUUGAACUUGUCAGCUGUGACGCUAAUUAACUUUUGUGGCUGUGCUCAAAUGUUGUUGGAUGCAGUGAUGAAGAGCUGUUGGCACACCAUGAGCAAACUUUGUCUCAUAUU